UUGGGCGUGAGGGAUAUUAUUUCCUCCCUCUGUGCAAAUUCAUUCAAACACUGACUGAGGAGGUCCAAGGAGUUCUUCACUUCAUCAGAAAAAACUAACUUUACUUUUAAACUCUACGUUUCAUGAGGAAGUGUUAGUAUAAAGUCUCAUCUAUCAUGCAGCGUCUGUGUCAAACCUGCUGUCAGACAGGCAUGAAGGCGCUCCGGAGGAUCGAGGUGAUCGUGGUGCUGCAGCAGCUGGGCAGCUCUCUGUUCAGCACCGCCCUGCAGAUGGUGGUCAAAGACCGGACUGAUGUUAACGCCAGCGACACCAACACAACCCUCUCCUCCAGGGACGACAGCCAGCAGAAAGUCAUGACGGACUUCUUCAUGACCUACAACCUCAUCAACCACCUGGUGCCCAUCCUCCCGGCGCUGCUGCUGGCCAGGCUGGGAGACCGCGGCUGGAGGCGAGUCCCCGUGGUGGUGCCUCUGUGCGGCUACCUGCUGUUCAGACUCGCCCUGCUCCUGGUGGUCAUCUUCCGGCUGCCGCUGGAGCUGAUCUUCGCCGCGGAGGUCGUGUACGGGCUGUCCGGCGGCUUCUGCUCCUACUGGUCCGGCGUGAUGACGCUGGUGUCGCUCUCAUCCACAGCGACUGAGCGCUCCAAGGUGAUGAUGAAAGUGGAGCUGCUGUAUGGGACAGCAGGUCUCGUGGGCAGCCUGGUGUCGGGUCAUCUCUUCCUGAUGUACAGCUCCAGUUUGGGAAAUGGAACCAUCCUGCUCACUGUGAGCACGCUGCUCUACCUGCUCUGCAUCAUACACUCCAUAGUCCUGCUGCAGGUGAAAUUCGUAUCCAGCAAAGAGACAGAGGACGACUCCCCCCUCCUUACUGAUGCCACCAGUGAAGUUCCUGUAGAGGCUCCUGCUGGGAGAAACAGGGUGAACGUAGUUCUGCUGUUUGUAUCUGCCAUUCUGUAUGGCUCUGCAGUGGGCGGAGCUGUAGAAAUACUGUCCGUCUUUGUGCUGAAAGAGCCACUCAGCUGGAACGCCACUCAGGUGGGUUAUGGGAACGCUGCAGGCUUCGUGAUUUUCCUCACCAGUUUCCUCGGCGUCAUGGUGUUUCGUCGCUGCUUCGGCGACGUGAUGCUCAUCCUGAUCGGCAUGCUAUCGUUCGCCUCGGGAAUUUUCUUCAUGUCCUUCGUCACUACAACUACCAUGUUCUACCUUGCUCGCUCACUCAACCUGUUUGCUCUCAUUCCGAUGACUACCAUCAGAUCUCUGCUCUCACAGCAGGUUCCAGCAUCCUUAUGUGGCACCAUUCUCACCUCCCUGCAGUUGUCUCUGAAGUUGGCCGGGCUGGCGCACGUCCCUGCCUUUACUAAGAUCUAUCAGGCAACCCUGGACUGGUUCCCAGGCUUCAUCUUCAUGCUCGCUAGCAUCAUUACAGUACUGGGAAUGAUACCCAUCAGCAUCGUCGGCUGCAGAUCACGUCAGAGGCGACCGUAUGACAGGGUUCGAGUGGAAGAAUGAUGGCACCGCCAUCACCGCCAGCAGUGAGCGUUGGUACGAGGCGUACAGAACCUGAGCCAUGAAAUGGGCAAAAAGGAGAACGGUGCUCUAAUCUCUCCAUCUCUAACCCUAACAUGUUGAAACUUGCACUGCAAGAGAGCAGUUACCACAGGCUUUGGCUGUCAUAGGAGGAACAGACAGCAGGUUUGACAAAACGUUUUAAAUGAUUGAACUAUUGACAGAGAUACAUUUGUUCAAAUCAAAGUCAUGUCCUCAACAACACACCCAAGGAGAUCUCACUAUAAUUGUGUGAAUGCUGUUUCAGCAAGUCAGAGUUGUGUGCUUACAGUCCCGUCGCAGUCUGUAUGCACUUGCUACCGGUACUUUUAUGUAUGCUGUAGGUGAUUAUAAGGUAUGAAAGUAAGCCUGCUUACUGCUUUGAAUUAGUCUAUGUUGCAGCUGAAAGAAUAGGGCUAAAAUUGUCAAGUAUCUUCUAUUCUAUAAGAAUACAUCUAAGCAACACAUUGGUUACGUACAAAAAGAUACCCUGGGUAUGUUGAACUUGCUUAUUAGUACAGGCCUUUGCACUGUGUCCUCCUACAAUUGCUGAAUUGUAGAUUCAUUAAGUGGAUGGUUUACAGACCUGGUACUCUUCCAGCUGUUUAUUAAUUUACAAGCAGACUUAAUGCUUUUAG